UGACAUUUGGUAAUUUUCAUUCAAAAAUCAAAAUAACAACAGCCGGAGCAGCCUAAAUCUAAAUUAAAGCGUUAUCCAAAAUGUCGUUAAAAAGCACGGGAGAUGUUGAUCCCAUUAAGAAUGAACGAACUGGCAAUGUAAGAGAAGUUGGUUCUCAAGCUAUUUGGAGUUUGUCGUCUUGCAAACCUGGUUUUGGUGUGGACCAACUCCGAGACGACAGAGCAGACACUUAUUGGCAAUCAGAUGGACAAUUGCCACAUUUAGUCAACAUCCAGUUCCAAAAAAAGACAACCAUAAGCGAUAUUUACAUCUACACAGACUAUAAGUUGGACGAAAGUUACACUCCCAGUAGAAUUUCGAUUAGAGUAGGCACACAUUUUAACGAUAUCCAAGAAAUAGAGGUUAUAAUGCUGACAGAACCCUCAGGUUGGGUCCACAUACCAAUUAAAGACAUCAGAGAUAAACCUAUCAGAGUAUUCAUGAUCCAGAUAGCUGUUACUAGCAAUCACCAAAAUGGGAGGGACACACACAUGAGGCAGAUAAAAAUACAUAGUCCGAUCGAAAAUCCAGGAAUACCUAUAGAGAAUUUUUUGAAUUUUUCAACUGUAGAGUUUCAAAAGCAUGCUACUGUAAGAUAGUCAUGAAAAUAUUGUAAUUUGUACUGUGACUGUUUAUUUUGGUGUAAGCUGGUUCCAAAAAAAACUGAUACGACUCUUAGAGCGUAUUUUGUAGAAAAUUGAGCAGUGUAUUUUGAAGGAAAAAUAUUUAUUAUUUUCAUUCUGUCACUGCCACUGCCAAAUCUUAAAAUUUGUCAGAUUAUUUCAUUCAUAGGAGAUUCUGACCAAUAGAAAGCUACAGACAUGCAAAUUCAGGUGAUAAUUUUUGAUAAUCUCCCGUUGUUAAGCAUAUUACGUCAGAUGCCCUUCGUUGCUACGAAAAAAUACAUUCAGUGACAUUAAUGACAAAUGUUUUAAAAAUUAUAAAAGUGAUGACUUUCAACCGUCAAAUACAUAUUUAUAACAACUGUGUGUUUAAUUUCACUGAUUGGUACUUACAUAUAUAAAUUACAGUAAAAUUUUGGUUUUGAACAAUUUUAUUCAUGAAAUAAUCGCAACAAAUUGCACUCGAACUCUAAAAUUAAUAUAGAAUUUUAGAGCUCUUGUGCAAUUACUACUGAUAAUUUAUUCUGUUCAACCUCAAAAAAUGACUGUUUGUUUGUCUAUUUUAUUAUUUGUCUGUCAUAAUAAAUAUAAUAUAAUGUCAGACCAAUCAUACACUGCUCAAAAUGAUCAAAUCUUACUAAGAGUCGUAUCAGUUUUUUUUAGGAACCAUCUGUACAUGUAUCAAUUGAGUAAAAAUUUGAAAUAUAAUAUAUUCUGAUCUGCUAGACACUGGACAUAUUAAAAGUUACGAAGAAUGCAAUAGUUUAAAACAACAGAUUUGUACAUUAUGUAUUUCAAUUUAGUAUUUAUAAGUGAAUAAAUUAUAUUAUUUUGUUAAAAAAGUGAAAAA